AUGGGAACAGGUUAUAACUGGAAUUUAAUUGUUAAUAGAUUGUCUUGUGAUUUCUUGAUCAUUCUUCUUGAUCCGAUCAGAGUUUGCGAGUUAGAACCUGGUCUUUUUGGGGAUUGUGAUGCCAUGAUGAGGAGCUUGCAAGGGAGGUUGGAAAUACUUGCUGUAUCAGUACACACGGAAGGGGAUGCUCAUGUCAGCCAGUAUGAUACUAAAGAAUUUAUUUCAAGUUCAUCAAAGGAGCUAGACGCAGUCGUUCAACUCGGCGAGAGGUUGCAAGAGCAAGAAAUUUCUGCUGGGGAUAGUCGCGGACAAGAACAGGUCAAGCAGAUCAGAUGCAACACCUGUGAUGCUGCACUGGGAGAUGCUAGGCAAUAUAGAGAACACUUCAAAUCUGACUGGCACAAGCACAACCUAAAGCGAAAGACAAGGCAACUUCCUCCCCUAACUGCAGAAGAAUGUCUAGCAGACUUGGAACUGGGAGAUUCAAAGGGCGAUCUCAAGGAAUAUUCAUUCUGA